AUGCCGUGCCCACUCAACUUGUUCUCUCUCAUCACUGCCUUCUUGGCACUCGCGGCUGCCAUCGCUGUUCCACCGUCCUCGCAUUCAUCUCCAGACCCGCGUGCCCUGGCGAAGCGCAUUCUUCAAAAGAGAUACAACACCCACACACUCACCUCGAUCAGCUGUGGUGGCUACUCUACGGCGGACACUGUCGACACUGGCAAGAACAUCAACAAUCUCAACAACGGUGACGAGAAGACUGUCGCAGCUGGAACAUGUAACCGCAUUGGCUGUUACAACACGAGCGGGGUGUACGUCUGCAACGACAACGAUUUCGACAUUACCUUCACGGGCGCGGACGGUAGUGCUUUUGCCGGACUGAUCCUCGGUGUCUGCUACGACGGUGGAGAAGGGCAUCAUCCUGUGUCGGGGCAGGCCUUCACUUCUGAUAACGACGGUUUUAACGUCGUUGUCGGAUUCUGCGACAAUGACGACGACGUCGCAACAAAGCCCAGCGACUAUACUCCACCUGGUCCGAAUGGCAACGCGCCAAUCAACUGCGGCGGCAACAGCGAUACGACCUGCAGUCUCGGUUCUUGUUCCUCGAACCUAGCGGUCGCGACUCAAGAAAACACUCCUUGCGAUGAGUAUCUCGGUCCGAACACCAUCGGACCCGGUGCCCAAUACACCUACAGCACCACCCGCACGAUCGGAACCACAUGGACUGUCGGCUUCGAUCUUGGUAUCGACAGUAGCGAACUAGCCACAGUCGCCGGCAGCGCAGGCUUCUCCGCAUCCUUCUCCAAAACCACUCUCGUCGGUGACUCCUCCGGCGUCUCUCAGAGCUGCGGCAGCACCGACGCCACGGGAAACUUUACCUGCGAUCUGAUCGUCGCGCCCGGCUGUUAUCACAUGACCGGCACAUGCAUGACCGAGAUCAGUUCCACGUACAGCAUCCUCGUGCCCUUCGACACCACACAACCGCAGGCGGACGCGGAGGACGGGCAGGGGGUGUGGAGCUCGCAAAUCUGUACUUGUCAGAACUGCUGCGACUGGGCCAAUGCGGCUGCGCCCCCUUUUGCAUGUCCUCAGGACUGCGCAACCUGCAAACCGCUCGAAGACGGCUGUCCAGCCUGA